UUAAGGGAGGCGCCUUUCGCGCUCUCCUGAAACCAAAGCCUUUGAAUCGUUUUUUUUUUUCACUUCAGGCAAAGGAGAUAACCUGAAAAGUUGGACGCUUGAGAAUUAUGUGCAUUUAAAGGACAUCAUUGUGUGGAUUUUCACCGCCAAGACAUGCUCCACAGCCGACCAGGAUCACGCUGGGGAAAAGGGUCUGACCACUCCGGCGUGCGCUCAGACUGGACUAAUACGCAUGGGAUAGUCGGUGGACCAAGAUGGAGGACAAGGAGGAGGGACAGACCGGGGGUUACCACCAUGCCGUCAGCAGGCGCCCCUUACCACCUGAGUAACUGGAAGGUGGUGCUGUGGGUGGUGGUCUCUCUGCUGCCCCUGGUGGAGGGGGCCCAUAUGGGCACUGGUUUGGGGGCAGACUCUGUCCAGGCUGUGGGACUGGUGGGAGGGAUGUGGGAGAGGCAGCUCCCAGACACUCUACCUGAGGUGGAUGGGGAACGAGAGGAGGAGAGUGACCCGUACUCCCCCUGGCAUGGCUUCUCUGACCCCUCUAUGAUGGACGAAGCAGACGACCACCCCAGUGGCCAGUGGGUGGGACGUUCCCCCCGCAACUCUGACCCCUCAGACGCCGAACCAAAAGGCUCGCCCAAGAAAAAGAAGAAGAGGAAGAAGAAGAAGAAAGAGAAAGAGAGGGAUAAAAAGGCCAAAGGAAAGGUCAGGCGGCUCCAGCAGAGCAGCCCAGACUGCAGGAUGGAGAAACGAGAGAUGCGGGUGCGGGACUUGGGCCUGGGCUUCGACUCGGACGAGAUCGUCCUCUUCAAAUUCUGCGUGGGCUCCUGCCAGUCGUCCAGGACCAACUACGACCUGGCUCUAUGGGCCCUGAUGGAGAACGGGUCCCUGCCGCGGAGGACCUCCCGACGGGUCAGUGCCCACCCCUGCUGCCGGCCUGACCGCUACGAGCCAGUGUCCUUUAUGGACGCCCACACCACGUGGCAGACCAUCCAGUCGCUGUCGGCAGCCAGCUGCAUGUGUAUGGGCUGAGGGAGCCAGCCUGGAGGAGGAUGAAUAGGGGAGGGUGGCAACUGGCUGUCACUCACCCCUGCCUGAGAAUAUACAGAUGGUGACUCGUCGUUGAGGCUGGGUCUAGGGAGAGCCUUUGGGUUCUGGGAGAGCAGAAGUAGUCGCUCCAAAACAUAUGCAGCAGGGCUGGUCCCCAGAACAAAGCAGGAUGGAGAUUCUGUAGUGUCUAUGAUUCUGUAGUGUCAGUGAGGCCACGCCUCUUCAUGUUGUCAAUUUUCUGUUGAGGAUAAGUGGAUUUGGUUGCAAUGAGAGACUGUCAUGACCGAAUGGCAAGAGAGUCUCUGGGAUCUGUUUUUAACAAGAUGGUGACCACAAAAUGGUGGGAUCUUAAUAUUCACAGCAGUUGGGAUAUGUAUAAAACUGACCUGGAGUACUGAUUAAAAUAUUGACUCAAAGGUCUAAAAGAGGACCAUAUCUCAUUACAUUUGACCACAGGUAGACAAGCUCAAAACAGGGAUCUUCCGUACCAUAAUUGCAUUUUUCAAUGUUCUCUUGAAUUCUACCAAAUGGAUGCCAUGCAUCUCUUUGCAUUACUGCAUUAUAGUCAACAUAUUUAUUACAGAUAAGUUAUUUAUUUAUUGUCGUUUCAUAUGAGGUCGUUUUUAUGAACUGUAGAUUUAUAUUUAUUGUCAUGGUCACAUAUCCCGGGGGUUUGUGUUGCUGGAUCCUUUGACUUUGAAUUGUGUUCGAUAUUUUGGGUUUGAAACAUAAAAAAGAUCAGAACAAGUGGCAAGGAACUCAACCUGCAGUAUGUCUCAUUUCACACAAAGGAAGGAAAUAGUCUUGUGGCUGAAAACCUAACCAGGUUACAAGGUUAGUUUAGUUUUUUCAUUGUUGUUUCAGUA